AUGACCAGCGCUCCCACGAUUCCGGCUACCUGGAGCCCGAGCUCCAAUUGCCUCGCCUCGACCGACAUAUGGGAAUGGCAGAAAGAAGAAACCGCAGCACACGUGCUCGGCGGGCCGGUCGAGACGAGCAGCUGCUAUCCACCUGGAUAUACAGGAGGGACCAAUUCUCAUUACCAGGCCACGGCAUGUCCAACCGGUUUCAGUCAAGCUUGUGCCGAUGCUGAUAUGACCACCUGCUGUCCAACGGGAUACAAUUUUACUUGCAACCACAGCACCGGCUACGCUUACCUCGGGGGCACAACGUUUCCUUGCACGUCCCAUUGGCCGGGCCAGGGUGUGACCACCACAAUCACUGUCACAUACACGCAAAUUGAUCGAAGGGAGCAGUCUUUGGACUCUUAUACAGUCACGAGAGUCACUGAUGGCUCGACCGAGACCUUCACCACUUGGGGCUCGUUUACGAGUGCAGAGAUAAUCAGUACCGGGGGCACCCUUUUUGCGAUGGCUGUGGCGAUCAGCCCGCCAGUGAGUGGGGCCCCGUCUUCUAGCAUGACAUAG